AUGCUGCGCUGCUGCCGGGCGGCCGCGGCCAUCGCUGCCGGCUGCGCUCCGGGCUCCCCGCGCGGCCUCGCCAUGGCCAAGAGCAAGUUCGAGUACGUGCGGGACUUCGAGGCGGACGACACGGUCCUGCCCAACUGCUGGAUCGUGGUGCGGCUGGACGGCCGCAACUUCCACAGGUUUUCUGAGCAGCAUGAAUUCAAAAAGCCAAAUGAUGACCGUGCUCUGCACCUGAUGACGAAGUGUGCCCAGACAGUGAUGCAAGAACUGGAGGAUAUUGCUAUUGCUUAUGGACAGAGUGAUGAAUAUAGUUUUGUUUUCAAGAAGAAGAGCAGGUGGUUUAAAAGAAGAGCAAGUAAGUUCAUGACUCAUGUGGUCUCCCAGUUUUCCUCAAGUUACGUGUUCUAUUGGAAGGAUUACUUUAAGGACCAGCAGCUUCUGUACCCUCCAGGAUUUGAUGGACGGAUUGUGUUGUAUCCCAGCAACCAGAAUUUGAAGGACUACCUCAGCUGGAGGCAAGCAGAUUGCCAUAUUAAUAACCUUUAUAAUACAGUGUUCUGGAUGCUUGUGCAGCGAGGUGGUUUGACACCAGUGCAAGCACAGGAGAGGCUCCGGGGAACUUUGGCUGGAGAUAAGAAUGAAAUCUUAUUUUCUGAAUUCAACAUCAACUACAACAAUGAACCUUUGAUGUAUAGAAAAGGAACUGUUCUAAUAUGGCAGAAGAUUAAUGAAGUUAUCACUAAGAAAAUAAAACUGCCAAAGGAAGAAGAAGAAAAAGAAGUGGAAGUUACCCGGACUAAGACUAAAGUUGUUCCCCUGCACUGUGACAUCAUUGGGGACCAGUUCUGGGAGGAAUAUCCUGAGAUUCUGGCCGAGGAUAGUUGAUAUCUCUGAUAAGCAUAACGGGUAGUUCACAUUCUGCUCUGCUUGGGUUGUUGGCAAGUGAGGAAUACGAAUGAUGGCUGGCAGAGUUUGACCUGGAACCCUUUUCAGCAACUGCAGUGGGUUUAGCACUGUUGCUGCCUAAAAAGAAGACACUGGUGCUAUCUGACAUACAAGGAUAUGCCCAUAUGGAAUGCUAAAAUCAUACUAUAUUUUGAAUGUUAAGAAUUCAUCAUGAAUUAAGACUGUUCCUGCCUUGUACAUGUGUAUUUGUAAAAAAAGUAUGUAGAAAUUUCCUGUAUUUCUAUAGCAUUUAAACAAUAAGGUAUUUUAUUGUACUGCUGAACUAUAAAAAAGCCCGAAUAUUUGAACAGAAAAUUAUUAGUUUGAUUUUUGUUUUCAGCUGAGAUGCACCAGAAUACUUCAUUUGGGAUUUAGUAUUAAAUUUCAAGGCUGGUGUGUUUAGUCAGAUGAGUGACAAACAGUUCACCUGCCUGAUGUCUGAUUCUUACUGAAAUGCAAUGGAGUAGCCCAGCAGUUUUCUAUGCUUGAUUUUAAAAGUAUUUGUCAAAUGUACAGGAUUUUUAUACUUUUAAAAAAUAUAAAUAAUAGUACCUUC